UUCCUAUCGCUCACCCCACCCACACAACUUGCGUCCAAAGGGCGAUCGAACCUGGCGGGAAUUGAAAGUACUUCUCGAUAUGCCUACGGGAGUCAUUUAUUAUCCACCGUCCAGCCGCUGAUCUUGAAAUUCCGAAAUUGGAUUCCCCUGCCGUCGUUCGGCUGCGUAUUCGAUGUCCGCCGACUUGUUCGCGGAGUUCGGAGCUGGGGUUUCUGCUCGUCAGACUCCUGGGACGUCACGUCAAAAUAAUCAGCCCCAGACCAGUUCACUCAUUCCUGACCUCGAGGGGCUUGAUUUGUCUACUAAUUCUGCUCAUGGCGGGGAUGAAUCUACUCUGCGACCCGUCCAACCACGGACACUAACAGGCCAUGCCGCUUCUUCCAGUACCUAUGGUUUCUCUCAGCCUCCUCAUUAUGGAGAUAAUGACGGUGUACUCUUUGAUGCGAGUUUUGAAGAAACAGUUUCCAAUCACGAAAGUGACGACUGGGGUGAAUUUGAAGCCCCAGAGCCGCCCUCUGUACAAAGCCCUCCGGCAGGCUUCCCCGCCCCUCACGGCCCAAGGGGUCGCGACAUCCCGUCUAAUAGGAAAGACGUCCCACGGAAAAGUCCAGCUACUUCAUCCAAACAUAUUGACUUGCUUGAUUCAUUAUCGACUGAGGAUAAACCGCCGUCGCAAGGGAAAGGCGCUAGUAGAUCCGUCCAAGGCAGACAUGGACCCCCGAGUCGCACGAUCCCUUCUACGAAAGGGAAACGCUUAGAGCAAGAGGACUUUGAGGACGCUUUCGAGGACUGGGGUGAUUUUACCGAUGGGCCACCUGCGGAGCCUCCUCGGAUAGCAAGCUCCAAGGGCAAACCUACCCCGAAGUCUACAGGUGGUCGAGCUUCGCUGUCUCGUGUCCCCGAUAAGCCCGGACCGUCUUUCCAGGUGUCUAGCUCGAACAGCCCUUCUCUAUCUCCCGACCAAAUUCGUCCAACAAACAUACCGCCGCCGUCGGUCUUACUAGAGUUAUUUCUACGGCUCCUAGACCAACUACAACGGGAUGCCGUCCAAGCCAAAAAGAACUUGCAGGACAAGGAACGUCUAGAACAAUUGGCCUCGUUGAUCUUUUACACCCUCAAGGCGGCAGCACGGGUGGUUGCCGGCCGCACGCUGCGCUGGAAACGGGACAACAUUUUGAGCCAGAGCAUGCGGAUCGGGCCGGCGCGGUCGGGGAAGCCGGGCGGCAUGAAGCUCAACACGGUCAACAAAAACGAGGAUAUCAAAGAACGACAAGAAGCCGUGGACGUGAUCACCCUGUGGCGUGAUCGGGCGGCGCUCUUCAACUCUGUUCUUCAAGCUUCAGGAAAGCGACCGAUUCAAGUGAUUGCGGAGAACGUCCGAGUAACGACUGCUACUGCCAGUCAAGGAGCAAUAAAAGCAUCCCAUGCCUGUGCGCUUUGUGGGCUGAAACGGGACGAGCGUUUGCCCAAGGUCGACGAGAAUGUGGAGGACAGCUUCGGGGAAUGGUGGGCGGAUCAUUGGGGUCAUGCCGAAUGCAAGAACUUUUGGGAAAGCAGUGUCAAUCUUUUGGAUCGCCGAUAGAGCGAAUUUUGGAUAGGCUCAAAUGACACGGCGCUUCCGGUCGGGUAAGAGGCAGAGGUAGUCUCAGACCGAAUUCUGGAUGGUAUACGUUGACCUACAGUGGUUAAUCUCUCAGCAGUCUCACCUUACCAGCUCAGACAUGAACAUAAAUCGAGGUGAUCAAAGGUACCUCACAGCAGCGAGGGCUAUGUGCUAGGUAGUUGUAGAUAGAUACCCUUGUGAUGCGGUGGCUCAUUGGCCUUGUGGUCUCGGGGACCAUCAGCUCGACUCCUCUCGAUCACAAGCGCAAUGUCAAUCUCGACUAAGACCAGUAAGACCCAGUCUUGAGAAGGGAGUCAUCGCCCUCAUACGAAUCUCGCCCUCAUUCGAAUCUGCGCAUGGCGACAUCCUUGACCAUGCUGGGAGCACAAAAAA